AUGUCCGAUUUCGAAGACAACAACCCGUUUGCGGGCGCAGAUCGCCGGGACUCGGUGUCUUCUGACGCUACCGACGACGGCCCCAGCGCCAGCUUUCUCGCCACAAACACAACCAAUGAUUUUGGAGGCGCCUCCUUCAUGGCGGGAGGGGGCUCCUUCUACGGAGCAGCUUCGCAGAUAGGAGGACUUGGGGGCAUGGGAAUGAGCGCCUACGACCCCGAGUCUGCCCUUGCCAAUCCGUUUGACGAUGGCUCCAACAGCUUUUCUGCCACCCCUACUGCCUCCAUUACUAACCAGAACGACACCGCCCAUGAAGCGACCAACGAGAGGACAACAACCGCCAGCCAAUCUAACAUUCCACCAAUUGAAAUCAUUGAGGCCAACAAGAACCAUGAAGGCACUUCCAGGGGAUUCAUUACCUACACCAUCCGAGUUGGAGAUGUAUCUGUGCGAAGACGAUACUCCGAGUUUGAGUCGCUCCGAACGACCCUCACCCGCAUGUUCCCCACGCUCAUCGUGCCGCCCAUUCCUGAGAAACACAGCAUUACAGACUACGCCGUGGCCCCCACCAAGGCCCGCGAAGACAAGGACAUGAUUGAGCACCGACAACGCAUGCUACAGGUGUUUCUCAACCGAUGUCGCAACCUACCCCAGAUCAGCAAUUGCAUUGUUUUUCAGCGGUUUUUGGAUCCCCACGCCUCGUGGUCUGAGGUGCUGAACUCCCCUCCUGUCUCUACUCUCCCCCGUUACUCCCUUCGAGCACCACCAGUGGACCCUUCCAACAAUGUCACAGAGGCCCACAGCUAUCUGCCUAUCCCUUCUGCCAAUGGAGUAGUCCGAAACCGAGGUGGGGACGAAGAGGGAAAACAAGAGGCGUUUUUUGCCGAAGCAGAAAAGACGGCCAAGGAAUACGAGGCUGUGAUUGGAGGAGGACUCGAAAAAGUGGCCCGCAGAAUCCUCAAACGAUAUACAGACAUUGCGGGAGAUUAUGCCGAGCUUGGAGGCCGUUUCAAUGCUCUUUCGCUCGAAGAGUCUGACUCUCGUAUGGCUGCCACGGUCGAGAAAGUCGGUCAGGCCAUUGAUUCCAAUUACCUGGCCACCAACCAUCUCGUUCGAGAGUUGGGCCGACAGUUCGGAGAACCUCUUGCUGAGUCAGCUCAGUUUUCGGGCGUGGUUCGGUCUGUUCUCAAGUACCGAAAGCAGAAGGCUCUUCAGUUGGAGUUGACCUCCGACUCGCUCGAAGCCAAACGUGUGACUCUGGCGUCUCUGGAGUCUGCAGAGGCCGAUUCCCAGCGAAUCAACGACGCUCUUGGCCGAACACGGUCGAACAAUGGCCCUUCUACAACUAAUUCUGGGGAACAGCCCUCUGCCUCGCCAGCUCCCAAAAAGUCUUCAGGCUUCAAAAUCCCUGGUCUUUCUUCUCUCAACAGUGCAUUUAACAACAUGAUGGAUGCCGAUCCGGAGGCCUCCAGACGCCAGGGCAUUGGAAAGACACGGGAGCAAAUUGGACAGCUGGAGCAGGCUCUCGAGGUUGCCCAGAAGGACAUUGUUGUGGCCAACGAGAGUGUGGAGAAGGAUCUGGAGCGGUUCCGGGCCGAGCGAGAGGCCGAUCUCAAGUGCAUGAUUCGAGCUUUCCUGAAAUGCCACAUUGACUGGGCUAAGCAGAACCUCGACACCUGGCAGAGUGCCCAAGCAGAGGUGGAAAGCAUGUAG